CCCCAUUCGACAACCAUGUCUAUCUCGCUCAAGUCGGAACUCGAGACUUGGGCUUCUGCCCUCAACUCCUAUGAUAACAAGGACUUUGAUACUGCCUUGGACCUCUUUGCCCGCAUCGCCGAAUCGUCCAAGAUUCUGACCAACAUGGGUCUCAUAUACGCUACCAUUGGCGAGCACGAGAUAGCAGUGGAGCAGUUCACCGCAGCCACCGUCGCUGACCCUUACCUGGCCGUUGCGUACUUCCAGUCUGGGGUCUCCAACUUCCUGAUUGCACGAUACGAGCUCGCACUUCGCGACUUCGAGGAAGCUUUCCUCUACCUCCGCGGUAAUGAGGACAUCAACUAUGAGCAAAUUGGACUAAAGUUCAAGCUCUAUUCAUGCGAGAUCCUAUUUAACCGCGGUCUCUCGAAGAUCAACAUGGGAUAUGUGGAGGAUGGUGUCGCCGACCUCCGCGACGCCUCCAGGAAUAAGGUCACGGCCGAGCACAACGUCAUCGAUGAGGCCCUUCAAAACAUGGGAGGGGGAUACACCGUCUUCUCUAUUCCCGUGGGCGUUGUAUACCGGCCUUCGGAUGUCAAGCUCAAGAACGCAAAGACAAAAGACUACAUGGGCCGGGCAAAGCUCAUCGCCGCUGCCGAAGACCAGGAUGCGUUCACGGAGUUCUCGGGCGUCGCACGCAAGCGCACCGUUAAAGGCGAGGAUGGAUCGCUGAGCAGGGCGAAGACAACGCCUACACCCAAACCAGAUCCAGUAGACACCCGCCCCGUCGCGCCCCUCGGACGCGCAAACACGACACUCAACGUACGAACCAUGCCCAGGAGCCCACCCAGUCGCGUAGCCUCGCCGCCAACCCUUCCUUCAAAACAGUAUCAAGGCCCGGCACCUACUCAGAUCAGCUUCGCCGACUCGGAUCGCAACUACAUGGAACGCGAUCAGCGCGGCCGACAACAACGCACGCCGCCCUCGGCAUUCUCGCAGAGCGCGCUCGGGCGAGCCAACACCACUGCUACUGGCAUGGGCGGCGGUCUUGGGCGGAGCGGGACCAUGAGCGGGGGAGGCUCGUCCACGCGGAGCAGCUCCCUUUCGCGGGGAGGGCCGGGCGCCAAUCUCACGCGGAAGGGGACAACGGGAGGGAGCUUGCAUCGGAAGCCGACGACGAGGCGGGCCGCGUCUAUCAGGAGGCCGAGGCGGAUCGAGUAUGAAGAGGAGGAGGGGUAUGUGAGCGGGGAGUACGAGGACGUUGAGCUGGUUACGAUCCGGAUCAAGCUUCACUACCGAAAUGACGUCCGUGGGAUGACGAUGCUCCCCGAAACGCCCUGGGAAGAGUUCGUCGAGCGCGUCACCUCCAAAUUCGGCACCGCACUGUCGGGGCUGGCAAUGCAGUUCAAGGACGAGGACGGCGUGAAAAUUAGUCUGCGAGACGAGUCCGACUAUGACGCCGCGAUAGAGGCAGCGCGCGAGCACGCUAAGGGGAAACCGGAAGGCAAGCUGGAGAUAUGGUGUACUGAUGUUUGAAGUUCCGUCUGGGUGAUACUCGAGAGGAUCUGGGUUCGGUCUUGUACUCUAAAGGGUGGAAUCUGGGAUACGUACUUACGAAAUGGCUACGCAAGCGGUUUACCUUGUUC